AGGGAAAGUGAAAAAGGAAGAAGAGAGAAAAUAGCAAAAUGCUGAGAUAAUCAACCAGAGGAGUCUAGAGAGGUCGGAAAUUUGGAUUCCGAAUCGGAGCUAGGGUUUUCGAAAUGGCGGACCAGAAGAGCAGCAGCAGCAACAACAGGUGGAACUGGGAGGUCACCGGAUUCGAGCCGAGGAAGUCGUCGUCGUCGGCGACGUCGUCGCCGAGGUCGGCAUCGGUGGACUUCGACGAUUACAGGCCCGGCGUGCCGUUGGUCAGGAGGUACUCGAUCUCGGCGGCUUCGGUUUUGCCGCAUUCGGAGCUCUCGAAGCAGGCCAUGGUGGCCAAGCUCCAGAAGCUCAAGGAGAAGGUUAAGCUUGCUAGAGAAGAUUAUUUGGAAUUGAGACAAGAAGCGAGUGAAUUGCAGGAGUAUUCGAACGCGAAACUUGAUAGAGUUACGCGGUAUCUGGGUGUUCUUGCUGAUAAAUCCAGAAAACUAGAUCAAUUUGCUCUUGAAACUGAGGCUAGAAUUUCCCCGCUGAUCAGUGAGAAGAAAAGGUUGUUUAAUGACUUAUUGACGGCCAAAGGAAACAUAAAAGUAGUUUGUCGUACGAGACCAUUAUUUGAAGAUGAAGGUCCCUCAAUUGUUGAAUAUCCUGAUGAAUUCACCAUUCGCGUUAUAACUGGUGAUGAUUCUAUCUCCAACCCCAAGAAAGAUUUUGAAUUCGACAGAGUAUAUGGACCUCAUGUUGGGCAAGCUGAACUUUUCAAUGAUGUUCAGCCACUGGUGCAGUCAGCUCUAGAUGGAUAUAAUGUUUCAAUAUUUGGUUAUGGACAAACCUACUCAGGAAAGACUCACACCAUGGAAGGAUCUAGUCACGAUCGGGGUUUAUAUGCUCGUUGUUUUGAGGAGCUGUUUGAUUUAGCCAACUAUGAUUCGACCUCUACUUGUAGAUUUAAUUUCUCUGUUACAGUUGCUGAGCUAUAUAAUGAACAGAUGAGGGAUUUGCUUUCAGAGUUGGGGGAUGCCUUACCAAAGGUUCGCUUGGGAUCACCGGAAUCCUUUGUAGAACUUGUCCAGGAAAAAGUUGAUAAUCCAUUGGACUUCUCUAGAGUUCUUAAAGCUGCUUUUCAGAGCCGGGGAAAUGAUAUAUCAAAGUUUAAUGUUUCUCAUUUGAUUCUCACGAUGCAUAUAUACUAUAGCAAUUUAAUCACCGGAGACAACUCAUACAGCAAGCUUUCUCUUGUCGACUUGGCUGGAAGUGAAGGAUCAAUUGCAGAAGAUGAAAGUGGUGAGCGAGUGACGGACUUGCUGCAUGUCAUGAAAUCACUUUCAGCGUUGGGAGAUGUUUUGGCUUCUUUGACCUCAAAAAAAGAUGUUAUUCCUUAUGAGAAUUCAAUGCUAACAAAGGUGCUUGCAGACUCGCUAGGUGGAACUUCAAAAACUUUGAUGAUUCUUAAUGUCUGCCCAAAUGCUUUGAAUUUGAAGGAGACAUUAUCCUCACUGAAUUUUGGUUCCAGAUCUCGGAAUGCUGUCCUAAGCCUUGGAAAUCGUGAUACAAUUAAGAAAUGGAGAGAUAUUGCAAAUGAUGCACGUAAAGAGUUAUAUGACAGGGAAAAAGAAAUCCAAGAUUUGAAACAGGAAGUUUUGGGUCUUAAACAUGCACUCAAGGAUGCAAAUGAUCAGUGUGUUUUACUCUUUAAUGAGGUUCAGAAGGCUUGGAAAGUUUCUCAUGCGUUGCAGUCAGAUUUGAAGUCGGAGAGUGUUAUGCUUGCAGAUAAGCAUAAAAUAGAGAAAGAACAAAAUGCCCAGCUCCGAAAUCAAGUUGCUCAACUGCUACAGUUGGAGCAAGAGCAAAAGCUACAGAUACAACAACAAGAUUCGACCAUUCAGACUUUGCAGGGAAAGAUUAAAAGUCUUGAAUCCCAACUCAGUGAUGCUCUUCACUCUAGUGAAUCUCGAUCUACAUUUAGCUCAGAAUCAGGAUCUGGGCCUGGGCUCCCAUCAAUUUCCAGGGCAAGUGGGGAUGGCAUGGAUUCUUCUGCAGUAACUAAGAAAUUGGAAGAGGAGCUCAAAAAGCGUGAUGCACUGAUUGAGAGAUUGCAUGAAGAAAAUGAGAAAUUGUUUGAUAGAUUGACAGAGAAAGCAUCUAUGGUUGGAUCGCCACAGCUGUCAAGUCCAUUGUCCAAAGGACUGGUAAAUGUGCAGCCUCGGGACACAGGGAGGAACGACAAUAAAGGCCGUUCAUUGGAUGGUGCUACUUCCCCUUGGGCUGUAGAGAAGACUGAGGGUACAGUUGCUUUGGUUAAAUCCGAUUCCGAAAAAAAGACCACACCAGCAGGAGAAUACCUUACUGCUGCCUUGAAUGAGUUUGAUCCUGAACAAUAUGACAGCCUUGCUGCUAUUUCAGAUGGGGCAAACAAGCUACUAAUGCUGGUUUUAGCUGCAGUUAUUAAAGCAGGAGCUUCUAGAGAGCAUGAAAUACUUGCUGAAAUUAGGGAUGCUGUGUUCUCAUUUAUUCGUAAAAUGGAACCAAAGAGGGUAAUGGAUACCAUGCUUGUAUCACGUGUUCGAAUUUUGUACAUUAGGUCUUUGCUUGCUAGAUCACCAGAGCUGCAGUCCAUCAAGGUAUCUUCUGUUGAUUGUUUUCUGGAAAAGGCUAAUACUGGACGUAGCAGAAGUUCCAGCCGUGGUAACAGUCCAGGAAGAUCUCCCGUGCGCUACAUUGAUGAGCAGAUACAAGGCUUUAUAGUAAAUCUGAAGCCAGAAAGAAAGUCCAAGUUCUCCUCAGUUGUAUCAAAGAUACGAGGACUGGAUCAGGAUUCUCCAAAGCAACAAGUAACUGGUGGAAAGCUCAGGGAAAUACACGAGGAAGCCAAGGGUUUUGCAAUUGGAAACAAAGCUCUUGCUGCUCUUUUUGUUCAUACUCCUGCAGGUGAGCUGCAGCGCCAAAUUAGAUCGUGGCUUGCAGAGAGUUUUGACUUUCUUUCCGUUACUGGAGAUGAUGCUUCUGGCGGGACAACUGGUCAAUUGGAGCUUCUUUCAACUACAAUUAUGGAUGGUUGGAUGGCUGGACUUGGUGCUGCAAUGCCUCCAAGUACAGAUGCUCUUGGCCAACUUCUAUCUGAGUAUGCAAAGAGAGUUUAUAGUUCUCAGCUACAGCACUUGAAGGAUAUUGCUGGUACUUUGGCAACAGAGGAGGCAGAAGAUGUAGCUCAAGUGGCGAAGUUGCGUUCAGCCCUUGAAUCUGUUGAUCACAAAAGAAGAAAGAUUUUGCAACAAAUGAGGAGUGAUAUGGCAUUACUAACAUUAGAAGAUGGUGGCCCACCUAUUCAGAAUCCUUCAACUGCAGCUGAAGAUGCACGAUUGGCAUCUCUAAUAUCACUUGACAGCAUAUUGAAGCAAAUCAAGGAUAUUCUAAGACAAUCCUCUGUGAACACUUUGAGUAGAAGUAAGAAGAAAGCAAUGCUUGCAUCUCUAGAUGAACUUGCUGAACGAAUGCCAUCCCUCCUUAACAUUGAUCAUCCAUGUGCACAGAGGAAUAUUGCCGAUGCUCGGCGUGUGAUUCAAUCAAUUCCCGAAGAAGAUGAUCCUUAUCAAGAACCAUCACGUAGUCGCAGAUCAUCAGCCGAUUUUGGGUCUGGUACUGAAACUGAUGUGGCACAGUGGAAUGUCUUACAGUUCAAUACAGGCUCAACAACCCCAUUUAUCAUUAAGUGUGGAGCAAACUCAAAUUCAGAACUAGUCAUAAAGGCCGAUGCUCGGGUUCAGGAACCGAAAGGCGGUGAGAUUGUGAGAGUCGUUCCGAGACCAUCGGUUUUGGAAAACAUGAGCUUGGAGGAGAUGAAACAAGUGUUCUCCCAACUCCCAGAGGCUCUAAGCUUGCUUGCAUUGGCAAGGACAGCAGACGGAACCAGAGCUCGAUACUCGAGACUGUACAGAACUUUGGCCAUGAAAGUUCCAUCUCUGAGGGAUCUAGUUGGUGAGCUUGAAAAGGGAGGCGUACUAAAAGAUAUAAAGGCGUGAAAAUGCACAUAGUAUGAUGAGAAGCAAUUUUUUGCCUUGCCUUGACAUAUCACAUGGGCAAGUUUGGAUUGGUACUUCAUGUGGGCUUUGUCCAAACGAUUUGGUGUUGUAAGUUACCGUUAAUGUGUAGUGUUCUUGGCAAUGCCAACUGUGUUCUAAAUGCUGCUACUCUUUUGUACAUGGUAUGCACGUAUUUUGACAUUGCUCGGUGAUGAUCAUCACUGGCUUCCGAAGCAUUUUGUUGUAAUUUAUCAAUGCUUCUCUUGUGCAAUAUAUUAAUCCCAUUUUUAUUUUACA